UAUGUUUUAAUUUUUAAUAAUUUCUUAACAUGCUUUUUAUACAUAGAUUUUCUUACUAUUUAUUUUGUUUUGUUAAUUUAUUAUUUUUUUUAUUAUUUUUAAAAUUUUAGAAAUAAAAAAGAAUAUUAUUUUAUUUUUAUUUCUAUUUUAGAAAAUUUUGAAAAUCUUUCAGAAUAUUUUGUAAGAUUCUGAAAUCUUUGCAAGAAUGUGGAAUAUUUGGGAAUGCUUUAUUAUAAAGGGCAUGUGGUGUUGGGUUGAGUUGUUAUUAGGACUAGGGCUUGAGAAUGUUUAGGCAUUAGGGUUUAAGAAUGGUUGAAAGAUACGAUCGACGGCUUGCUUCCGACGAGGGGGUCUCGCUCCGGCGAAACCCUCGUCUCCAACUCCAAUGGCUCCGACGAAUUCCUGAUUUCGAGCAGAAGAAGGAGCUGCUUAUUUCUAAACAUUGAAUCAAUGAUUUACCACAAAAUUGCGUCGGAUACCAGCGAGGCAGGCAGGGCAUGGCCAAGUAUGGCGAAGGCCAACAUGAACCUGCCGGCGAGGUAUCCGGUAGCUAUGGAGUCUACCAGCGGCAGGCGCACUUCAACCGUAGAGGUCACGUCGUCGCACGGGUGGUAGAACUUGAGGUAGGAGAGGAACGGCAACGGGUCACGUGAAUUGUUGGACCGGGGACAUACCUGGAGAACGUGGAUGGCGAGUGGAAGAACGACGGCUUCGGUGUCCACGGAUGGCUGAAAAUUCUGUGAUCACGUUUCUGGGUCUUAUGGGGGAGCGUCUGCGGGGGAAGAAGCCCGUUGUCCCCAUUUUGGAUUUGACUCUUCACCUCACAAUCAGCCAGCUGAUGCCAGGGUCAAGGCUCAGCCUUCAAGGACGCUAUGGAAGGACGCUAUCGGGGUUGGGCAAUGUACGGGAAAUUUGGCUAUGCUUUACGUGGGUAGUAAGAUCCUUUGAAGAGGCCAUGAAUUUUUAUCUUGUGUUUGUGCUAGACCCUAAUGGCAACAAAUCGGUUAUGGGCAUUGAGUGAGACCUGAGAGUUGGUGUAUGUCUAACUUUUUGAUUGGCCAUGAAUGGGAAAUUUGUAUCUGUGCUCUGUUUGGGUUGGAAAAUAUGAAUGCUUUUGAAGAUCCAUGAAUCGUAUUUUGUGUUUGUAUUGAUAUACCGAUGGCUUCAAACUGCCAAAUUUCAAAUGUUUUUGGUAUUUACCACCUUUUUGUCUGUUUGUAAUCUCCCCUUUCCUUUUCAGCCAGAACACCCCUGUGCAGGAUGUUUUGAAACUCACUCAGCAUGACUGGUGGUUAUUUUAAAUGGAAAGAGUAGAAGCUGGUAGAGAGGAUACUGAUUCUGUUUGAUGAAUCACUACUUGCGUCCAGGUUUCAUGUUUUACAGGCAGCUUCGGUGCUGCCCCUUGCUUCAAAUUUAAAAUGAAGGCAAGUUCAAUGCGGAAUUUUUAUGUCGGUUAUGACGUCAAGGCUGUUGGCAGAAUUAGAUGUACAUGGCCCAAUAAAAUGGAUUGUGCAGCUGCAUCAUGCCCUGAAUAUUUUUUGUGAUUUGGUCAUAUUACCUGCGAGCAGGUUGUCUCACAAAUUUUUUUUUUUUUCCAGGGCACAAAAUUGUCUGUUUGAUCCGAGAAAGAAAAAAGCAAAUCCUAAGUAUUUGGAUUUGAGUUACACUUUUAGCCAUGCCGUACCUGUUGGCUAUUGGAUUCAUAAUUCGUGAUUAACUGAUAAACUUUAACAAAAAACUUGAUUUAUCAUUCUUGGUUUAUUAUUUUAUUUUAUUUUAUUUUUUUGUCAGCAUCUAGUUGAUACUCUGUACCUUUAAGAAGUGAUGUAUGGAUAUGCCACUGGGUUGAUAGAAGGUAGCGCAAGUUAGCAAGUGCAAAAUUAUGGCUCUUCUGUUGGCAGUCCUAUUCUACAUGGACACACACACAAACACACAAAUACAACUUACCUUAUAAUACUUGCAUUUCAUAUUUAUACAGAUAAAUUGUUUUAUUUCUGAAGCAUUUUGAAUACAUAAAUUUUGGCAAAUCUACCAUCUAAUGGACUUCUCUUGAGGUGCAUCUCACCUUCCCUAGCCCUGGUGACCUCCAAUGGCCUACCCUUCUUCUACCCCAACUCAGACAGUUCAGGGGUAUGUAGCUUUGCACUUCACAGGCCCUUUUUGAUUCUUUCCCUGAUUGGAUGAGACCCCUUUGCUGAUUCCACAACUUUGUUGAGUGCCUAAUUGUUGUGCCUUUUAUGCAGCUCCUCCACCACUCUCUCCCUCUCAUUCUGGAGCAAGGAGAGGUUCUAUACGGAGCUCUGGUGUGACCUCCAGUAACACUGAUUUCCUUUAGCACUUUCUAUUCAUACCCUUUGAUUAUCUUUGGCACAAAUGGACAUUUCUAUUUACCUUUGACCCUGAUUAGUUAUGGCGCAAAAAUGACACAGCAGGCUGUAUGAUUCCAUUGCAUGGCACAAGUAUAUUUGAGUUUGUUUGCCAUCUGCACUGUCCAUCGCAAAUAUGGAAAAGUUGACACCAGUUAUUCAUCAUUUUGAUGUCCACAUGGUAUGUGGUGAGAAUUGUCCACAUGCUAAUCUGAUGUGCUCUGCUUUCUCUCCCCCCACCCCCGCCUGCGGCGGGGUUAGCCCAAGAAGGAUGAGUACGUAGUGAAGACACCAGGCAGGGGCUCUGUCCAGUUGCCUGAGAAUGCUGUGGGUUCCGCUGCUGUUGGUGGUGCUGGAGCGUUGGUUGUUGUGGGUGAGGGAAUGCUGCCAGUGAAGUGUUGGGGAAGGCCAUCAGGAUCUGGUGAGAUUAAACGACCUAGAAAAGGUUACAGGAAAACUUCUGGUUGGUCCAGGAAGGUACAUUCUGUUGGUACUUUGGUUUAAUAAUUGAUUUAAUGGACAACUGCUAUGGACUUGUGUUGAAGUUGGUUGUUUUAUUGGCUUUGAUUUUACUUUCAAGCCGUUGGUUAUUGCAAUUAGGUCUUAAUUAUUAGCCGUCCCCAAUAAAUUUAUUGAACAAACCUUAUAGAAUUUCUUGAAAAGUUAGUUUUGUGCCAUUAAGAUAACUGUGAAUUCCAAAUGAGAAUCUAUGGGCCAUUAAAAUCCAGAUUAGGGAUGUAAUGAUUGAAUUCCAGAAAAAAAAAUCUGUUUAAUUUGAGUAAGAGUAAAUAAAGUGUGGUUAAGAUAAGAUUAUAUAAUGCUCCAUAAUUUUCAAAUCUAAGAAGUGCUAAAUGUUUUUGCUAUCUUUGGUUGUUUGUGAUGCCAAGGCGAUCAAAGAUUCUCAACAGUUGUAAAACUGAUUGAUGGAGCAACUGAAACAUGUGUUCAUCACAAACAAUGAGGUUUCUUCUUGUCUGUAUAUACUUUCUAAAGUACCAUUACUUCUUUUCUUGUAACUGUGCUACAUAAUGUAGAAAGGAAUAGUCCUGCGAACAGACCCAGAUACUAUGCAAACUAAAAAAAUAGAAUGACUUUAGUUUUAUCUUUUAAGUAAUUUAUUUUUAAGCCUGUCAAAUUAUUUCCCAACUUAAUUGUUUUUUAGCUUUGAUCUUACUGUCAUGCUAUUUGUUACUUAAAUUAGCACUCAAUUAUGGUCUUUAAUUGUGCCAUGGCCCGUGACCUACUAAUACAAAGUAUUUACAGGAGAAAUUUUAAUUAUUGCAUGUUCUAAUUUGCAAAGAUUUCUUGACAGGAUAUUAAAUUGCUUCAUGCUGACCAAUUUUUUUUUCUUUUGCUUAUAGCUGUUUAUGGGCAUUUUUUUAAUCGAAAUAAUGACAUAGAACAAGUUUUACUUUUAUGGAUCUGUAAUUUUUCCUUUUGGAGUAGUUUGCAUUUAAGCCCAUAUUUUCUUUUCUCUUUUUCUGAGAGAUGCAAUGGCCAUAAACAAUUCAUGUUGAAAAGGCAGAAAAUGCAGAAUGUUUAGCACAUUUAAUGUAGCCUCAUGCACUUGUAAGAAACCUUAUUAGUCAUAGUGCAAAUGGAACUUGCUAUUUUCUCUUACUCUAAUUGAGUAGACUGAUUUUUGUUUUUUAAUGGCUUUUGGAUGCUAAAGCGCAUUGAUUACUGGGGACCAAGCAGUUGUAACUUAACAGUCGGUGGCUUAUGAAGAUCUCAGUAACGAACUUGAACAUUUUGUGAGUUAAUUACACUCCGCUUUCUGUUGGUCCUGGAAUGAUUUGGAUUCCAGUUAUGCUUGUUAUCUUACUUCCAUUUACUAUGGAAUCCAGAAGCAGCCAUUGUUAUUAUUUACCCUUGUUGUGCUAUUUUAUAUAUAUAUAUAUAUAUAUUCAAACAAUUUGCUUUACAUGGAAUAAAAGGGGAAAUAAGGAACAUGGAAUAAAAAUAUAUUAGCGGCAAUAUUUGCAGAAGCAUGUUAUCUUGGUUUGCCAACACUUCUUCCUUGUUAUGUGUGUGUUUACCUGUGUUUUCUGCCCUGUCCAGUUUUUUGGUCUGGACACUUACCCAUUUUUUUGGUCUGGACACUUACAAUCAGGUCUCUGCCUCUUUUACUAUCAAUGAAUUUUGAUUUUUACAUGUUUAUCGGCUUUCUAUAGGUAAUGGUGGAUCCCUAUGCACAAAAUCCGAGGUGAACCUUUGAUGCAUGCGUGGGCACUUCGGUCAGUGCUUCUUGUGUUGACUAAUUUUUGUUGUCUAUCUUAUUCUUCUUUCAUGCAAGUAAAAAAAAAAACAUGUCAUCUUGUUUUUGACUCUCGUUAUUGGAACUGACAUUCUGGGUGAUAAAAGAUCCCCCUUGUGGUAAAAACUGAUAACUCUUCUAGCCUUUUUGGUUAAUCUGUAUUUCUCUGUUUUCUCAAACAAUGAAUCUCUUAUCUAUCUAUUGUGAUUUAUUCUUCUUCCUGGAUUUCUGGGCACAUGGGAAUGUACAUGAUGAGUUAUUGGAUUAUGGGGAGUUCAACCUCAUUGCUCUAUGCCUGACUGCAAAUUGACUACAUGCUACAUGUCUUAUCUACAUUACUUUAUACUUGUUAUCUUACUUGCAUUUAUAACAGAAUCCAAAUGCGGCCAUUUUAUUAGUUUAUUCUUUUUGUUCUCUUAUAUUUUGUUUUCAAGUGAAAUGUCUUACAUGGAACAAAAUGGUAAAUAACGAACAUGGAAUAUAGAAAUAUAUUGAAGUUGCCAAUACUGCAUGCGCCAGAGUUUUUGUGGUUUCCAGGGAAAUAAAUUGUUCUUAAAAUGUGUCUUCUAAAAUAAUGAUAGGGUUCUCUCUUUCGUCAUUAUUUCUAUACUAUUUGCUUCUUCAAGGUCAAACAAGUAAGAUUCUCUCUCUCUCUCUCUCUCUCUCUGUGUGCCAGUCUUUUCCAAAACAGUGUUUGGGUUUUUGUCUCCAUCUUUGGAUCUGCUUUAAGAUUUGAUUUGCAUCUAGUUUCAAGGGGCUUUUCGUUUAUUUCUUUACCUUGUAUAAAUUCUUUGGUUGUUGGUCGAUGCCUUGAUUCUUUGUUUUAAUAUCUACUGCUCAGUAUUUACUUUGCUUUGGAUACUCGCUAGAGAGCUAGGCAUAAAGCUGGCAUCAAAGCGGAUGGCAGCUUUGAAGAAGUCCAAGCUAAAGAUGGACUCGUGUCAACUGGUCUAGGAAGCAAAUUGGUGCCAAGAAUGUAGUUCUCCAACACUUCUGGUUAUUAUCAUGGAGAACUGCCAGUUCCUUCACUAUUGUUCUGGUGGAUACAAUGAGAUUGCAUUCGCACCGAUGAUGAAUCUGCCACUUCCUCCCAUGUCCAGCAUGUCUUCUUCUCCUGCUGUUCAGGCACGGAUGGGCAACAAAUAUAAUCCUGCAGAGGGCUGCAAGCCUUCAAGUUGGGUGACAAAGUCAUCUUUCCUGUGGAGAGUAGGAGCUUGGCAAUCCUUUAGCAUCAUCACAGGAUGGGUGAACAUGAGGACAGGGAGGACCGCAAAGCCAUAUGAUGUCCUUUUGAAACUCAACUUUGGUGAAGGUUGCAGUUGUGUGUGUACACAAAUCAAGUUCACCAUUGAUUUUCAGAGAAAUGUUUCGACCCAUGUGGGCCUUUGUAUUUCAGGGAGAUAGGCAUGGCGCUGUGCAUUAGCACUAAUGGUGGUUUGAAGAAGUCCAGCGGAGUCCCUUCCAACUAUGGGCAGCAAAUCCAAGCCAUGCACAUAAGUGCUCAGCGCAGCUGGCUCCAUUUAGGGGAGGAGAAACAGUUGCUUCCCUACACUAUGUUCCUGGUUCAUGUAAAGCUCAUCAGGUGAAAUCUCAAGAGUUGGUAUCUAUCUAACUUUUGGGUGGGGCCAUGAAUGGGAAAUUUGUAUCCACACUUUAUGCGGGUAGAAAAAUAUGAAAUUUGUAUAAAAUUUAUCUGUAGGUGACUUGACUGAAUUUGGUUUAGAUUAUCACUCCUGUUGUAUAGAAUUUCUCUCUUUCAAAUUGUUCAAAACUGCCGUUUCCCUUUGCUCUUGUUCAGUAAGUAGAAUGCGUUUGGUGCCGUUUGAGGUUAUGAUUGUCCUUGUGUCGGGUAGUUGGGAGGGAGUGUGGUUUGGUCUAUUGGUUGCUUUGGGCUGUGGAUUAUUGGCCUUGCUUUGUGUGCGAUUGUUUUGUAAUUGAAGUAG